AUGUCGGAAAUCUCGGAUGACAAUGCCACCGAAACCGCUACAGUCGAACCUGCUGUUAAACGUCAACGAAUCCCAACCCAGAAAGGGUUUCAAAACACACUGUUACAAAAGACAUCGGACUUCAAUAAAGAAACAAAGGCAUUACAAAGGGCAAUCCUCUCUGUUCACGCGGCAUUGAGUGAGUCGGAAACAUCAAAGUUGAAGAGCGCAACAGCCCUUUUGGAGAAAAGUAAACAAACAUUUGAAAUCAGUCUCGGGAAUCUUAAACGUCUGUUCGAACAAGAUAGAUGGAAAGAAACUGUUGACGUGGAGCCCGUUGUAGAGCGAACAAGUUACACCCAUAUUCAACAAGCAGAAGCCACAUUAUUGGAGGCGGCUAAAAAGCUUAAUAGCGAGACUAAAGAAACGUCUUCGAAGAGAUCUGGACGUUCAGCUUCGGGGCACUCGGGUAGAUCUAUGCGAUCUCGCGCACCGUCAACUUCUGCCCGGAUAGAGGCCUUGGCAGAUGCAGCGGCAGCAAGACGUCAAGCCGAAUAUGAUUUAUUGAUGGCUGAGAAAGAAAACGCGAGAAAACAAAAGGAUGCACAUGACGAAAGAGAGAGAGCAGCCGCGAAAGCACAACACGACCACGAUAUUGCAGUCCUAGCCGCUAGAAAACUUACAGCCGUGGCAGAAGCAAAACUAAAUGCCAUCGAACGAACUAUAUUAAACGAAAUAUCCUCUCCAAGCAAACUUGACGAAGACACAAGUGCCACUUCGAGACAACGUACCAAAACGUGGGUGCAAGACCAGCAACAAAACGUGGCUCCAGACACUAAUCUAACCAAUGUCACCAGUAGGAGAAAGCUCGGCGUUCGAUUUGAUGAUCAGCCUCGUCAGACGGAUCCAAUUGCGACUGAUCCUGGUUCAGAGCAGUUACCACAAGCGACUGAUCCUGGUUCAGAGCAGUUACCACAACAAAUCCCCAUCGGUUCCCAUCGGUACCCAGAAAUCCCCAUCGGUCCCCAUCGGUACCCAGAAAUCCCCAUCGGUCCCCAUUGGUACCCAGAAAUCCCCAUCGGUACCCACUAUCCAUGGUACCCAGAAAUCCCCAUCGGUACCCACUAUCCACAACAUACCCUCGAGUACACCCACUAUCCACAACAUACCCUCGAGUACACCCAUCAUCCCCAUCAUCCACAACACAACCCUGUUCAACCUUACCCACCGUAUACAACCGUGGAACACGACCCAGCUACAGUGGUAAACGAAUGUUUGGGGGCCGUCGCAGCAACCAACGAUAAAUUGACCGCCAGUUUAGCAAGAAUAAGUCUUCCUAAAUGUCACCCCGAUAUAUUCUUCGGCGAUGCGACUAUGUUUCAUCCGUGGAAAAGCUCUUUCAAGGGUAUGAUUAGCGACUCUGAGAUAACCGCAGAACAAGAGAUGAACUAUUUGCACAUGUACACAAGGGGAGCACCACAGAAAUUGGUGAACAGUUUUCGCAAAAGACAAUAUGGCGACUCGAACAAGUUGUUGAAAGAACUCUGGGUGGAGCUAGAAAAUCGUUUUGGCAACGUAGCGAUCAUAACCAAUACACUACUGACGCGAUUGAAAGAGGCUGCAAAAUUCACUGACAGGGAUAAGAAAAGUCUGCAGGCGUUUUCAGAUCUGUGUAUCGAUGUGUCUUCCCAGAUUAAGCAACUUCCUGGACUUGCCUGUCUGAACUAUCCACACACCAUCCGACCAAUUUUAACUAGUUUGCCAACAUCUAUUCGUUCAAAAUGGGAGAAACGAGUUGUGGAGUUUGCUGAAAAAAACGCUGACACUUAUCCUGAUUUCCAUGCUUUCGCCAACAUGAUGAAAAGCCAAUCUUGCUUACGGAAUCAUCCUAACGUCACAGCCACAGAUAUGCCUGGAAAGUGGAAAGAGAAAUCGAAAUUCGAAGACCACCAUACCAUCUUGAAGGGAGAAAUCGAAACGGAAGAACAGGAAGAUGUUACUAAACAUUGCGCCUUCCAUGACAGACAAGGACAUAAUCUAUCAGAAUGCAGAGCUUUCGAACGUAAGACUUUGCAAGAGAAGACGGACUGGUUGAGACAAGCUGGACGUUGCUUUCGAUGCCUGCAAUCAAAACACCUAGCUAGGGAAUGUAAAGCCAGCAUUAAGUGUAACAAAUGUGGAAGCAAGCGUCACUUAGAUAUACUUCAUAUGGAGAAGUUAAAGAAGAAAGACAACACGGAAGAAGAUAUAACAUCAGCCCGUACCAACGUCAAAUGCCAACCAAUAUCUAGAGUCUCCUGUAGCAAGAUUGUGUUACUCGAAGUUUUCCAACAAGAUGAACCUGAUCACGUUAUUAAAGUAUAUGCCUUGAUUGACGAGCAAAGCAAUUCCUCCAUGAUAUGUCCGAAGUUAGCAGAUGAGCUUAGAAUAGUUGGACCCAAGGAGAAGUACUUCUUAUCUACCUGCGGUGGAUCAAAAGAAACUAGAUAUGGCCGACGUGUGCCUGGAUUGGUGGUAAAGUCAACGAAUGGAAUUUCAAUGCCAUUGCCGACCUUGGUAGAAUGCGAGAAUAUUCCUACAGACAAACGGGAAAUACCAACACCAGAGUUAGUUAAGAAAUUCCAUCAUCUGCGAGAUAUUGCUAAAGAAAUCCCACCGUUGGACCGGAAAGCCGAGGUUGCAUUACUCAUUGGCCGAGACGCUCCUGAACUGAUGAAAGUCAGAGAAGUUCGUAACGGACCGAUAGGAACACCUUGGGCACACAAAUUGGCUAUUGGAUGGACUGUCUGUGGAGAACUGUGUCUAAGACGUGAAGGUGGGCCUGUCCAUGUGCGAACGCAUCGUACCGUGUGUCAAAAGUCGUCCUAUCCAGAAAUAGACAAUAUCCACGUGGAACCCAAAGUAAAACCAUUGGCCAAUUCCUCCCACGAGAUCCUGCAUCAUGAAUACAUUCCAUGCCCAAACAUGUUCGAGAUAAAAGAACCUCGCGAAAAAUUGGAGGACAACCGGGAUGACGUCUUUCGCACAACGAGUCAUGAUAACGAGCAGAGUAUGUCCGUAGAAGAUCGGCGCUUCAUAGAAAUAAUGGAAACAGGUAUCCAUAAAAACAAAUUUGGAAAUUGGGAGAUGCCACUUCCCCUUCGAAAGACCAAUGUCACUUUCCCAAACAAUCGAGGUCAAGCCGCAAGUCGUAUGAAUAAUCUGUUGCUCUCGUUCAAACGCAAACCUCAAAUGGAAAAGGACUACUUUCAAUUCAUGCAGAAACUACUAAAACGGGGACACGCCAUACCAGUUCCGCUCAACAAAGUAACGAAGACAACUCAUGAGCCAGGAAACGUUUGGUAUCUACCACACUUUGGCGUUUACCAUCCACGAAAACCCGACAAAAUUCGCGUUGUAUUUGACUCAUCUGCAGAAUUUCAUGGAGUCUCGCUUAAUAAAGAACUGCUGUCCGGUCCUGAUACGCUGAAUUCCUUGUUGGGGAUACUCCUUCGUUUUAGGCGAAACAACGUAGCUGUCGCAUGUGACAUAGAACAAAUGUUCCAUAAUUUCUAUGUAAAUCCUGAACAUCAAAAUCUGUUACGCUUUUUGUGGUUCGAGAACAACGACAAGACGAAGAACAUUAUCGAGUGUCAAAUGACUGUACAUCUGUUUGGUAAUACGUCUAGCCCAGCAGUUGCAACAUUUGGCCUGCGGAAGACGGCCGAUGACGGCGAGGAGGAGUUUGGGCACGCUGCAAACGACUUUGUAUGCAACGACUUUUACGUCGAUGACGGCCUGACAUCUUGUUCUAACCCCGACGAAGCUAUAGAUCUCGUCAAGAAUACCCAAACAAUGUUAGCAACGGCAAAUCUUAAGUUAUACAAGAUUGCAUCAAACGCGGUAGAGGUAAUGCAAGCACUUCCACCAGAAGAUCGAAUUGACAAUUGACAAUUGGAAGACUCCUACUACGGCAGCUGACGAUACUAGGAAAUGAGAAAGGAAACGACAGUUUACCAUUAGGGUGGGACGACCCUUUACCCACUUCACUCUGGAAGAAAUGGCACGAGUGGACAGUUGGUCUAUACGAUCUGCAAGAUAUCAUGAUUCCUAGAUGUUAUCUUCCACAGAACUCAAACGAGGUCAGAAAAGCAGAAAUCCAUGCCUUUUCCGAUGCCAGCCACUACGCAAUCGGUAUUGCUGUCUAUUUGAAGCUAACCAAUCAAGCUGAAGUCAGUAGAGUUUCACUUGUGUUCGCUCAAGCAAAGCUAGCUCCCAAACAAGCGACAACGAUCCCAAGAUUAGAACUAUGUGCAGCCGUACUUGCAAGCAAAGCGGUCAAGUGGAUAACCCGAGAACUUAAGCUCAGAAUAGACAAAGUCAUUUUCUACACCGACUCUAAGGUAGUACUCGGCUACAUCCAGAACGAGAGCCGUCGUUUUUACGUCUACGUAGCCAACAGAAUUCAAAUCAUCCGAAGUAUCACUGACCCUUCUCAAUGGAGAUACGUGGAGACAAAGGAAAACCCAGCUGAUAUAGCAACAAGAGGAAAAUCUUCCAAAGAUUUGAUGGAGUCAGUUUGGUUUAAAGGCCCAGAAUUCCUGAGAAACGUUGAUCCACCUGCACAAAUGGAACUCAGCCCCGAACCUUUCUUGAUUGCUGACAACGAUCCAGAAGUUCGAGUUAAGGCUACAAUCUACACUACCCAACUGCGUGUAAUCAAAGGUCUGACCUCAGAAAGAUUCAAUCGAUUUUCCAAGUGGAACUCCCUUCGAAGAGCGAUUGCCAAUCUGAUCAUCAAAGCAAAGAUAUUGAAAAGCCAAAACCAAAUUUCAACACCCCGCAAAAGGAAUGCCCACCAAACACAUCUGGUCAAACUACCAGUCCGAAAGCUGCCAAGAAAUCCAUCUGCUGCAGAACUAAGACAGAGCGAAGUGGUGAUGAUCAAAACCGCACAGAGCGAAGCAUACGCGGAAGAAAUCGAAACCCUUCAGCAAAACCAACUGUCUCAGAAAAGCCUUUCUCCGAAGUCCAGUAUAUAUCGUCUAGACCCAUUCGUCGACGGUGACGGUGUCCUUCGAUUUGGCGGUCGACUAAGGCAAGCAGACCAAAUGUUCCAAGAGAAACAUCCAGCAAUAUUACCCAAAGGAUGUCAUUUGGCGAGACUAGCAAUCACCCAUUACCAUAGUGAAGUGCAUCACCAAGGAAGACAGAUUACCCAUGGUGCAUUAAGACAAGGGGGAUUAUGGAUUAUCGGAGCCAAACGAAUGAUCUCAAAAAUUAUCAACCAGUGUAUCACGUGUAGAAAACUCAGAGGGAACGUUAUAACGCAGCAUAUGGCUAAUCUUCCACCAGACAGACUAGAAACGCCACCGCCAUUCACAAAUGUGGGGUUUGAUGUAUUUGGCCCUUGGCAGAUACGUACUCGAAGACUAAGAGGGGGAGCUGCAAACGCUAAGAGAUGGGGUUUAGUCUUUACUUGCCUGAACUGCAGAGCGAUCCACAUUGAGGUCUUGGAAACAAUGGACUCAAGUUCCUUUAUUUGCGCCUUAAGACGCUUCUUUUCCAUUCGUGGGCCACCAUCGUUAUUGAGGUGUGAUCGAGGGACAAAUUUCGUCGGGGCAAAGUCAGAAUUAGACGAAGCGUUGAAAGAGAUGGAUCAUAAAGCAAUAGCAAAAUAUGUCGUCGAACAGAACUGUGAGUGGGUUUUUAACCCUCCCCACGCAUCCCACUUUGGCGGAGUCUGGGAGCGCCAAAUUUCCACCAUUCGGCAAGUCCUUAACGGAAUGUUUUCUGAUCUCGGUCCUUGCCAACUUACGCACGAGCUUUUGGUAACACUCAUGGCUGAGGUGUCGGGAAUUGUAAACUCCCGUCCUAUUUCUACAAUACCAUCCGAUGCAGACCAACCUCAACCCCUAACUCCUAACAUGUUGUUGACAAUGAAGACAAAACCACUCGUAUCAUCACCAGGAACCUUUACCUCUUCUGACCUAUAUUCCCGCAGACAUUGGAGGCGAGCGCAGUAUUUGGCAGAUCAAUUCUGGAGCCGAUGGAAGAACGAAUAUUUACAAAACCAACAGAGAAGAUCGAAAUGGAAUGAACGUCGUCAUAACUGGGCCGUAGGAGACAUAGUUACCCUGAAAGAAGAAGCACAUCGCAAUGAAUGGCCUCUCGGAAGAGUUGUGGACGCCGUGGAAAGUAGUAAUGACGGUUUAGACAGAAAGGUUAAAAUUGUGAUCUGGAGAGACGGAGAAAAGAAAUAUUAUCUUAGACCGAUAAGUCAAUUAGUAUAUAUAAUGAGUACAUAA